AACGGUCGUAAAUUAUGGCUGGAUUUAUACGGUUUUUAGUCYAUGUAACUCUAUUGAUUGCAUGUUUCCCAUUAGCAAGUUCACUAUGUGAACGUAAGAUUGACUUGGGUUUCGUCAUCGAUGGAUCCGCGAGCAUGGGCGAGAAAAACUUCAACUAUAUCAAAAAGUUUGUCAAAAAUGUCAUCAAAUUUUUCGCGAUUGGCGAAGAAAAUACACAAAUUGGUGUCAUUCCUUUCUCGCAUUAUUUCAAAGUAGAAAUUAAGUUAAACCAAUAUUCAGACUAUGGAGAAUUGUCUAAAGCUAUAGACAAUUUGGCAUUCGAAGGUUCUGGGUCGACUCUUGCCGGGGCCUUAAAGAUUGCGCAGCUAGAACUGUUUGUUCCAGAAAAUGGCGGUCGUAAGGAAGCGAUGACUGUUUUUAAUCAGCCAGAAGGUGUGACCGUCCAGGAGUCAGAAAAGGAAGCUGUUUUCCAAGCCGUGGUCGUGAUCUCGGACGGCGGGAGUAGUACUGGAGUAGAUGCCCUUCUAUAUUCCGCGGAAAAUUUAAAAAGGUCCGGAAAACGCGUGUUUGUGGUCGGUCUUGGUAAACAUGAACACAUGAAGAACAUUAAAAUGAUGGCAAGUGACCCAGAAAAAACACAUAUCUUUCUCGUCGAAAAUGGAAARCAACUGAACUCACUGACWAAAAAGUUAGCGGAUGCUAUCUGUAAGGAUAUCAAACCAGUAAUGCAGAAAUUUACCGUAUCAGAGAACAGCAAAGUUAUAACAUCAUUAUUGUACAAUAGCGGUGGUGACUAAAAAAAACCAAGAUCUUUGAUAACAAGAUUCAUCUUCGUUUGCGGAAUACAUGGGAACAAURCAAUCUACACAGGCUUUUGAAAAAACCGCUGAGCAGUCAUACUGCAGAGUUUAUUCCACGACYGAAAUGCAUUGUUGCAUUUGAACUCUGAUAKGMAU